AUGGAAGGCAAUAUAAAUACUCAGUCUGAAGCUAUAAGUUCAACCUUAGACAUAUAUAUGGGUCUUGCAAAAAGCCAUUUGGGUAUUAUUUCUUUUCUGUUGAUCCUUACACGUUGCCAAAGUUGUCAGGAGCAUUUCAACAAACAUGUGGCGCUCUUCGUUUUCGGCGAUUCCCUUUUCGAUCCUGGAAACAACAACUACAUAAACACUACUACCGAGCUCCAAGCGAAUUUUUGGCCCUAUGGCGAAUCAUACUUCAAUCCUCCAACCGGAAGAUUCUCCGAUGGUCAUAUCAUCCCUGAUUUCAUCGCUCAUUUUGCUGGAUUGCCUCUCAUUCCUGCAUAUCUCGACCCCCAUAAUAAUGAAUUUCUGUAUGGAGCAAACUUUGCAUCAGCGGGAUCUGGUGUAUUAGAUGAAACUCAACCUACAAUUGCAGUUAAGCUCACGACACAGCUACAGUAUUUCACCGAUUUAGUGAAACAUUAUAGGAAGAACUUAGGUGAUGUGAAAGCCGAGCAGCUAUUGUCCGAUGCUGUCUUUUUGUUCAGUUGCGGAAGCAACGAUUAUCAAAUCCUCCUCGAAAACAACAAAAGUAGUCUUCUUUAUGACGAGUACGUGGAAAUGGUGAUCGGAAACUUGACUCAAGUGUUCAAGGUAAUCCAUGAAAAAGGAGGAAGGAAAAUUGGAAUCACUACGCUCACAUCAUUAGGCUGUUUGCUACCAGUUCGUGCAGAAAGGCCAGACAAUACAUGCGAUGAAGAACUUAACAUCAUAUCAACUCUACACGAUAAAUCACUUUCCAAGAAACUGCAAGAUCUGACGCAACAAUGGGAAGGAUUUAUGUAUUCAAAGUUCGAGCUCCAGACUGAGAUUACCAAACGGAUGAAAAACCCAUCAAAAUAUGGUUUAAAGGUAGGAAACAGUGCAUGUUGUGGUACUGGACCUUUUCGAGCGAUUAAUAGUUGUGGAGGGAAGAGAGAAACACGAGAGUUUGAAUUGUGUGAUAACCCUAACGAUUAUUUAUUGUUCGAUCCCUAUCAUCCUACUGAAGCAGCGAACCUGCAAUUGUCAGAGCUGUUUUGGGAGGGAGAUUCCAAAGUCGCAUCACCCUACAAUUUAAAAAGCUUGUUUCAAGGUUGCCAGAGUUCUCAGGGGAUUUUCAACAAACAUGUUGCGCUCUUCAUUUUUGGAGAUUCACUUUUCGAUCCUGGAAACAAUAACUACAUAAACACUGAUCCGGGCUUCCAAGCGAAUUUUUGGCCAUAUGGAGAAUCAUACUUCAAUCCGCCAAGUGGAAGAUUCUCUAAUGGUCGUCUCAUCUCUGAUUUCAUCGCUGAAUAUGCUGGAUUGCCUCUCAUUCCUGCGUAUCUCGACCCCCAUUAUAAUGAAUUUCUGUAUGGAGCAAACUUUGCUUCAGGGGGCGCUGGUGCCUUAGUUGAAACCAAUACGAAAUUCUCCGUACUUGAUCUCAAAACACAGCUACAGUAUUUCUCCGAUUUAGAAAAACGUUAUAGGAAAGAUUUAGGUGAUGUGAAAGCCGAGCAGCUGUUGUCCGAUGCUGUCUACUUGUUUAGCUGCGGAUGCAACGACUAUCUAGCCCUCACCUCCAACAACCUGAGUAAUCUUCAUUACGAAGAGUAUGUGGGAGUGGUGAUUGGAAACUUGACCGAUGUGUUCAAAGGAAUCUAUGAAAAAGGUGGGAGGAAGAUUGGUAUUGGUACGAUCCCACCAUUAGGUUGCUUGCCUUAUGUUCGUGCACAACAGCCUGGCAAUACCUGCAACGAAGAACUUAACACAAUAUCAAGUCUACACAAUCGCGCAUUUUCCAAGGAAUUACAAGAGCUGACACAACAAUUUGAAGGAUUCAUGUUUGCAAACUAUGAUCACUCGACUGCUCUUAGCGAACGGAUGAAGAACCCAUCAAAAUAUGGUUUUAAGGUAGGAGACAGUUCGUGUUGUGGUAGUGGUCCUUUACGAGGGAUUUAUAAUUGUGGAGGCAAAAGAGGAAUACGAGAGUUUCAAUUGUGUGAUAAUCCUGACGAUUAUGUUUUCUUCGAUGCCCCUCAUCCUAGUGAAGCCGCAAGCCGCCAAUUCGCAGAGCACUUUUGGAACGGAGAUUCCAAAGUCACAUCACCUUACAAUUUAAAAGCCUUGUUUCACGGUACCUGUCUACUGAUUUCCUGA